AUGGAGACGGGAGUGACGUUGGCGGCGCUCAUAACGUCGUAUUUCAUCAUAUUCACGACGACAGUGGUACUCGCGCCGCGCAGCGCCACCGCGCAGCGUCUGGUGGUGGCGGCGGCCAUGAUCGGGCUGAACUACCUAUUCUGCCAGACGCUGGACACAGUGGUGCUGUUGCCGUCGCCGCGGGUCAACGUGGUGACGCUGUCGUGGAUCGCGUGCGCCAGCGGCACCGAGGCGGUCUUCGUGUCCCGCAUCGACGCCUCGCAGCUCAUACUGGACGGUAAGGGGGGCGGGACGGGUAGGGGUGUGGGGGGCUGGACGCUCGCGUGGAGGGCGCUGUGCGUCUUCUUCAACCUGCGCCGCGUGGGGACGCGGUGGGAGCCGGCCAACGUGCGGCCGCCGCCCGGGUCGGCGCGGCUGCGGGGCAGGCUCCGCUUCGUCAUGGCCAUGACGGCCCGGUGCGUCGCGUGUUACCUCCUCGUCGACCUGAUGAGCCUGCUGCCCCGGCCGGAGGAGCGGCUCUUCACCCGCGAGAAGCAGACGCUGUGGCGACUGUGGGACCUGUCGACCGAGGACGUCGUCUUCCGACUCUCGGCCUGCUGCGGCCUCUGGAUCACCUCCUAUCUGUUCCAGAUGUUCAACGUCAGCCUCGCCGGCCUGUUGGCCGUUGUCGCCGGGCUCAGUCGGCCCGAGCUGUGGCCGCCCGUGUUCGGUCCCCUGUGGACGAUGUAUUCCAUCCGAGAUUUCUGGGGCACAUUUUGGCAUCAGUCCCUGCGCAAGGCCAUCACCGGAUGGGCUGACUACAUCUCCGACGACGUCAUGCGCCUUACCCGCGGCACCCUAGUCUCGCGCUACACGCGCCUCCUGCUGGCCUUCUUCAUCUCUGGCACCCUGCAUCUCGGCCAGGAUCGCAUCUACGUCACCCCCGGGGAGAGAUACUCGUCUCCCACCUUCUUCUGCGUCCAGGCUCUGGCCAUCAUGGUCGAGGACGGGCUGCGCGCUCUCACAGCCCCAUUGCCCAUCCCGCAACCUGUCAGGCGCGUCGUCGGGUACGCCUGGACUGUCGCCUGGCUCUGGUGGAUCACGCCAAUCUGGAUGUAUCCGAUUCUACGAAAGGGCGAUGUGGGUAGUAACGUGCCGUUUUCCCUAGUCCACUGGGCCUUGGACUGA